AUGUCAGAAUCAAUAGAAUCAAAUGUAGAUAUAGAUAUAAAUCAAGUAUCAGAAAGGUUUGAUGCGAAUAAUGGGGUCAUAGAAUCUAAAAUUGAGGAAAAAUCUCAAGAAAUAGAGAAGGAGCCUGAAAACAACCAAGAAGACAAUUCCGAAAAUGUUGAAGGACAUGGACAUUCUGUGGAAAUUAUAGAAAAGCCAAGUUUAUCUGAAUUACCACAAGCUGAAGGUCCAGAAACUGAAGAUCAGAAAGUAUCUCAAGAAACUGAAUCGACAGAAAGUAUACAAAAAGAAGAAACCCAAGCGGGCGAUUCGAAUGACAAUAUACCAGAAAAAACUAUGAGAGUAGAUGAAGAAGAAGUUAAAUCAAACGAUACUGAGCCUGAUAUCCCCAUAGAUAAUAAUAGUGAUGAAAAGGAAGUUGCCACUUCUAUAGAGACUUUGAAUGCAAAUAAUGAAAUAAAAGAGGUUGAAGAAUCUAAUGAUAAUAUAACAGAAAAACCUAUAACGGAAGAUAAGUUAGAGAUUAAAUCUAAUGAUAUUGAAGUUGAUAAACCUACAGAUGAAGAUAAUAUACAGAAGUUUAUUAACGCAGAAAAUGAGGAAGAAAAAAUUAAAGCAUUUUCAGAUGAUGAUAUUAAUGUGGACGAUGAUUUAUCCGACUCAAGUUCGAGUGAAAAUAGUGAUUCAGAUGAGUCCGAUUCUGAAUCAGAAUCAGAUGAAGAAGAAGAAGUAGAUUACGAGGCUGCGAAUGAUGAUUUUGAUGAUGAAGGAGAAACAAACGAAGGUCCAGUUAAAUCAGUAAAUGAACAAAAUGAAAAAAUUCCAUCAUUACCAGAAGACUACGAAAUUUCAGAUUCUACUCCAAUUGAAGAAAUUGGUGAAAUUAUAGGACUAGUUGAUAAUUCUGUAAUCAUAAAAGCUAAGACAUCAGGAGAAUUUAGAAUUUUAAAAGAAGAAAGUAUAUUUUGUUUUAAAGAUAAGACUGUCAUCGGUCCAUUAUUUGAAAUAUUUGGAAGAGUACAACAACCUGUGUACUCAGUUAAAUUUAGUACCAAAGAAGAAUUUGAAAAAUUUAAGGAUAAGAAAGGUGAAAUUGUUUAUUAUGUUGUUCCAGAUUCACAAUUUUUGUACACUGAUACAAUUAAACAUUUAAAAGGUACUGAUGCAAGUAAUUGUCAUGAUGAAGAGUUACCACCUGAAGAACAAGAAUUUUCUGAUGAUGAACAAGAAUUAGCUGCAAAACAAGCCAAAAAAAGAAAGAAGAAUAAAAAUAAAGAAAACAACAAAAGACCAGGUACAACCACUACUAAUAGGAGACAGAAUGUUUCUGUUCCAAGUUAUAAACCAAUUAAUCCAUCUAGAAAUGUAAGGAAUGCAGAUUUUAAAAGGAGUAACAUUUAUAAUAGUUUCAAUCAACCACAACUGUAUCCACAACCUUAUUAUCCAAGUAAUGAAGGGUAUGGAACGUACCCUGCUCAACAAACACAACAAGCUCCACAACAUCAACAAUAUCAAGAACAACAAUUAGUACAACAUCCAAUCAAUUAUCAACAAAAUUUUCAACAACCAGCACCAAAUCAAUAUAAUCCAGCACCAAAUCAUUAUUACUCACAACCAAAUCAAUACCAACAAUAUCUGCAACCUCAAAUGCAACAAUAUCUGCAACCUCAAAUGCAACAAUAUCCCCCACAACGGUUCAAUCAACAGCAAUAUGCACCUCAACAACCACAAUUAAAUGUUAAUGACGUAGUUCAACAGGUCAAUUUACAACCAAAUGUACUCCCAGGUCAAUUAGAACAAUUACAGAGAAUAAUACAACAAACAGUACAAUACAAUCAACAACAAAAUCAACAAUAUCCACCUAAUCAACAACAGUAUCCACCACCAUCAAAUCAGUAA